AUGAACCGUGAAGAACGAAUUUUAAGAUCUUUUAGGAAAGAAAAACCAGUUCACUACAUACUAAAGAUUAAACCGUUCUCUUCACUUGUAGAGUCUUCUCUGAAGAAAUAUGUUUCUGGUGAUUUUGAAGCUGGAGGUUACAAGUGGAGGCUGAUUCUAUAUCCAAAAGGAGACGAACGAAGAAGUGGGAAACAUCAUAUCUCCUUGUACUUGGCAAUUUCAGAGACAAACUCUCUCCCUCUUGGCUGGGAGGUUAAUGCAAAAUUGAGGUUAUUUAUAUUUGACCAAUUUCUGGAGGAAUUUUUAAUUGUACAAGGUAAUUUAAUUGUUCUAGACAGUGAGAAUGCAUGUAGAUGCACCACAGAAGUGCUAUAUGCUCAAUUUGAUUAUCAUAAUUGGUUUUCUUCUGUUCAUGCAUUUCUAAUCUUGAUGAAGCUAUGCACGGUAGAGAAGUUUUCUGGUUUGGUCAAUGAACGCUAUUACUCUGAAGUGUUCACUGUUGGAGAUCAUAAAUGGAAGGCAGCUCUAUAUCCAAAUGGAAAAGGAAGUGAAAAGAGCAAGAGCCUUUCUCUGUUCUUGGAAUUGGCUGAUAUGACAACCCUUCGUCCGAAAGAGAAGGUUCAUGUUAAGUUCAUCUUACGAGUUGGGAGUGAAGAAACAGUUCCUGACCAAGCUAGGUCAUACAUAGUUUACAUCUCUGCCCCACAACGCCCCACAGCACAUCUCCGCCGUGCAUUGGAACAUCUUUCAAUAAUGACAUCAUUGGGAGUGGUGGAGAAAUUUUCUGGGUUGAAUCUUCAAUAUAAUUUCUCUGAAGUGUUCACAGUUGGAAACCAUAAAUGGAAGGUGUUACUCUAUCCAAAUGGUAGUGCAUCAAUGCAACAGAGUCUUUCUUUAUUCUUGACACAUGCUGACAGAGCCAUCCUUCACCCAGAACAGAAAGUUCAAAUAGAGUUCAUCUUACGAGUAAGGGACCAACUUGGUGGCAAACACAUUGAACGUAAAGAUACUCAUGGGUUCAAUAUAAAGGAAGCAAGUUGGGGAUGGUCUGGCUUUAUGCCACUCAGUGUUCUCAAGGACCAAUCAAGGGGCUUCUUGGUGAAUGACGCAAGCAUCAUUGAAGCACAAAUAAAUUUUCUUGGAGUUGUCAAUGAUUCAUCCAAAGAUCAAGUAAUAUAA